GCGGCGGCGGCGGCGGCGGCAGCGGCGGCAGGCGCGCAGCCCCGCGGAAUGGAGCGGCGCCGGGGCUGAGCCGGGCGCGCACGGGCUGCCGCAUGUGCCGCGCGGGGAGCGGCUGCAGAGCGGGCGGAGAGCGAACACGAGAGGCCCCGUCGGAGCGGCAGCCGGAGCAGCGCCGGAGAUGGGAGAACAGCCCAUCUUCACCACCCGAGCCCACGUUUUCCAGAUCGACCCCAACACCAAGAAAAACUGGGUGCCUGCGAGCAAGCAGGCCGUCACAGUCUCCUAUUUCUACGAUGUCACAAGGAACAGCUAUCGGAUCAUCAGUGUGGAUGGAGCCAAGGUGAUCAUAAACAGCACAAUCACACCCAACAUGACUUUCACCAAAACAUCGCAGAAAUUUGGGCAGUGGGCCGACAGCAGAGCCAACACGGUGUUUGGUUUGGGGUUUUCCUCGGAGCAGCAGCUGACAAAGUUUGCAGAGAAAUUCCAGGAGGUGAAAGAAGCUGCCAGACUAGCCAGAGACAAAUCUCAGGAGAAAAUCGAGACCUCGAGCAAUCAUUCCCAAGCAUCCAGCAUCAACGGAACGGACGAUGAAAAGGCAUCUUCAGCGGGUCCUGCCAACACACACCUCAAGUCUGAGAACAACAAGCUGAAGAUCGCUCUGACACAGAGCGCUGCCAACGUGAAGAAAUGGGAGAUCGAGCUGCAGACCCUGCGGGAGAGCAACGCCCGGCUGACCACGGCACUACAGGACUCGUCGGCCAGCGUGGAGCAGUGGAAGAGGCAGUUCUCCCUCUGCCACGACGAGAAUGACCGGCUCCGGAACAAGAUUGGCGAGCUGGAAGAGCAGUGCAGCGAGAUAAACAGAGAGAAGGAGAAGAAUACCCAGUUGAAGAGAAGAAUUGAGGAGCUGGAGUUGGAACUCCGAGAAAAGGAGACGGAGUUGACAGACCUCCGAAAACAAAGUGAAAUCAUACCUCAGCUCAUGUCAGAGUGUGAAUACGUCUCUGAGAAGUUAGAGGCGGCAGAGAGAGACAAUCAGAACCUGGAAGACAAAGUGCGCUCCCUGAAGACGGACAUGGAGGAGAGCAAGUACCGCCAGCGCCACCUGAAGGUGGAGCUGAAGAGCUUCUUGGAGGUGCUGGACGGGAAGAUCGAUGACCUGCACAACUUCCGCCGGGGCCUCUCCAAGCUGGGCGCCGACAACUAGGGCUGCGCAGCCUUGUGAAGAGUGCCCCCACCCCCAGGCCACACAGACCCCGGGCGCACCUGCCAGGAGCCCAGAGAAACCACGGUGGAGUCCAGACUGUGGGACAUUUUGGCGGAUGACUGACAGGUCCAAUGAUAUGCAGCUGUGGGGAAUGUGUCACUGUUCUUACCCUAUGGACCACUUUUAAUAUAAAAUCCUGACUUUAAAUAAAUUGUUGUAGCAAUGUCUUAUGGUGUGACAGACAGUUAGGCACUUCUUGCAUCAAAGGUAAGAAUUUAACGAUUAGCAUGAGGUGGAUAAAUGGACUCUCCCAAGAAUACUGUUUUUUUGUUUCUUUUCCCUUUUCAAAUGCCUUUUUGGUACAUAAAUAAUAUAUACUUUUCUAAGAAGAAAUGAAAAAAAUCACCUGUUAUUACACCAUCUGAUUAUAACCACUGUUAACAUUUUGGUAUAUAUCUUUUCAGACUUCUUUUCUAUGCAUCUAUAGCUGUUUUAUUACUGUUUUCAUGAGAUACAAUCAUAUUAUACAUAUACUGUUUUAUAACUUGCUUUUUUCCCUUUUAACACUAUAUUGUAAAUAUAUUUCUAUGUCAGUAAAUAUGUAACAGCAUCAUUUUUAACAUCUAUGUAGGUUGUACCUUGGGUACUUGUUUCCAGUUUUAUACUGUUGUACUCAAGGAUAUGACGGAAAUCCUUUCUUCUAACACCUUCAUGUACGUUUCAGAAUAUUUACUUAGGAUAACUUGCUAAAAUUGGACUUGCUGGCUCAAAAGUGUAAUGGGUGCUACAAGCACUGCUCCGUCUCCUCCUCUCCCUCCUGGGCACACAGGAGAUGCCACUUACCAGCUCCUAUAGUCACUCAGGGCCCUGGUGCUAAUGCUGGCCAAUAAAGUGUGAGCAGAAGUGACAUGUGCAACGUCCAGGCUGAGACUGUGAGAUGCCCCCAUGCAGGUCUCCAGUCUUUCUGUUGCCUUGCCCCAGAGGUGGUGAUGUCCCAGUGCUGGAGCCUAUGUCAGCUGGAGCCUUUGUCAGCCUGGGUCCCUGAGUGACUGUGUGGAGAGCUCCCCUUCUCCCGUCAUGACACCCCCCUCCCCACUUGUGUGGAUUUGUACUGUGAAGAAAGAAUAAACUUUAAGUGUUACACUA